ACGCAUUCCAUUUGCACAAUAUCUCUUCCUUUCUCCUCCGAUUGCUCCCCGAAACUCCCUUUUUACAAAGCAUCUUCGGCUAUGGCAACCACACCUCUCACCCCGUCUGCCUUUCUCGGACUGCAGCUUACCGCCAGACUCCCCACAGCAUGUGACUCGACGGCGGACAGCAAUUUGCCAGGCAGCGCUGCUGCUAGGCCCGCCGGCACGACGACGAUGGCGGUGAUGGGACCCUCGUGGCCGCAUUCCGAUUCGUCGUUCGACUCGUCGCAGCACUGGCUGGCGAAUCCUAGCGACUCGCAGAACAUACCCCCGACGACGCCCGAUUUCCAUCGCCCGCAUCGGUCGCUCGCCUCCCCGCCUAACGCGGUCAGCGCCCCUGCUGAAACUUACGCUGACGUGGCAGCGGAUUCUCUUCGAACAGGCCGGCUCCUAAGGAUUCCGCCAGUCGCGCCGCAGCGCACGCUUCCCGGAUUAAUCAUCACUCCUAAGAAGGCGAAUAAGAAGGCUUUGGUUCACCGCAGCCCGGAUGGGUCGGUCCCAGUGCAGAUUAACGCGGGAAAGGCGCCGGUUUUCACGGCGGAGAAAGCGCGUAAGCUGCGGGAGAUGCUGAGAGAAUCGGAGACGCACCACGACACGAUGUACCACUCGGGCAUCGCCUCCCGACUAGCGCAAUAGUAUUGAGUCACGUCGGAUUGAGUCGCGAAGAUGCGAUAGCCAAUCUUGAUCUCGAGACGGGAUUCCAGCACAGCGGUCCCAUUCGCCACACCUGAGUAGCCUUUGUGAACGUUGGAUUUCCACUUCAAGCCUGCUCGUUCGCCGAGGCCCCAUGGCGUUCACGUGCCCAGGCGCAAUUCAACGAACCUAGGCAGUUACUGUCGCGAAUGUGGUGGUUCAUCUAGGGGGGUGUUAUCCAAAUCCUUGGCGCCGGGCGUUUUCCACCUCCCAACGCGGUUUGGGGUUUAUCCUUUAUUUCCAGCUGAAACCCCCACAAUUUUGUACUUUCUAUUAGUGUGCGACGUAUUUUGUUCUGUUUACUGAUACACUGAUACACCUAUGUAGGCG